CCCUUGCUUUGGACCUCGGGCCUCACUUCUCCUCCAGAUGGACCCCAAGUGCUCCUGCCCCACUGGCGGCUCCUGCAGCUGUGCUGGCUCCUGCACCUGCAAAGCCUGCAGAUGCACCUCCUGCAAGAAGAGCUGCUGCUCCUGCUGCCCCGUGGGCUGCGCCAAGUGUGCCCAGGGCUGCGUCUGCAAAGGGGCCUCGGACAAGUGCAGCUGCUGUGCCUGACGUCGCGGAGAGCCUGCCCCGGAUGUCAAUGGAGGAACACGGGCCGACCUGCGUUUUUACACCACUCUGACUUGAUUGCUACAUUCCCUUUCCUAUGAAAUAUGUAAGUGGUA